AAGUUUUUUUUUUUAAUGGUUAAAAUUAAUUUUAGUGUUGAUGAGCUACGAAGACUUUUGUCUGACAAGGAUGCCUACCACCAAUUUUUACUUACAGUCGAUCAAGUAAAAAUUCAAAACAAAAUAAGGGAUGAACUACGAAUGGAAACAUUGCAGCUUGCUAGGGAGAACUUAGACAAGGAACCACGCGCCAUUGAGCUUAAAAAUCAAAGCAGAAUUAUCCGGACAACAGAAUUAGCUGCUGCUCAGGAGAAAUUGCAAGAACUUGAGAAACAGAAAGAAGAGCUUUUGAAAUUCUACUCUCCUGGAUCGUUACUUCAAAGGCUUAAAGAGGCAAUGGAUAAGACAGAGGUAGAAUCUGAGAUACUGCACGCUCAGCUCCUCAAUAAGGAAAUAGAUACCAGCGCUUUUGUGCAAAAGUACAAAAGGCUUCGGACAACUUACCACCAACGAGCCCUUGUCCAUCUUGCUGCUAAAACAUCCUCUUUCGGUUGACCUAUGGAAACAGUUGAUAAUUUCAUAUACGUAAAUAGUGAGAAUGCAGUUCUUUGUGGUUUUCAAGAUGUCUGCCUAAUUUUUAAGGCUUCGUUCAUGAUAUCAUGUUAUUAGUAAAAACAAAGUAUGUAUUCACACUGUCACUUCCAUAACUUCAAAAUGUGUAAGAAAAUACAGCCACAUUCUUCUUCC